CUCGCCACCUCGCGCUUCGCCAACUAGUCGUGUCCACGGCGCCACCCGAAUAGCACGCGCGGCUGUCCUUAGAACCGGCCGGCACCCGAAUAAUGUUUCAGUGUCUGACAAACUCAAUAGGAGGUCUCGGAAGAAGUACCGUAUUUAAUUUACACUGUAUAACCAACCGCAUAUUCUCAGUGAGUGUUACGCAGUGUGUACGGAAAAAACUUUGUCGAAGAUUCUGAAGAAUUCUGUGUGAAAUUGUGUAACUUGCCGGCCCCAGUCGGAUCGCGUUUUGCACAAACUUUUCGACGGUGUGCGUAGGACCCAUCGCGCGCAUCGUCCUUGUGAUAAGGGGCUCUGUGAUAUCAAAAACUUCGUCGUAGCUUUAAAACUAGUUAGUAUUUUAGUUUAUAUAAAGAAAGAAGAAGAAAAAAAUCAAAAUGUCGCCACCGAUCCUCGACCCUAACAUACUGCAGUUUGACAUCUGGGAGACGUUGGACGAGGUGACUAUGGAGAUGGCUUCGACGUCCGAGUUCUGGACGCAGGUGGACUACGAGGUGGACCGGCUGGACUUCGUGCCGCCGUCCAACCCGGACAGCCUGGACGACAGCGACCCGGACUGGCGGAUACCGGACAGUCCGGAGGACCACAAGGACAACAUCGUGCACCACGACUGCAUGUGGGCAGGCUCGUGCGUGGAUUCGGCGGUGCACCCGUCUAACACGUUUGUGCCGACCGACUUGAUAUCUGCGACGCCGGGCCAGAGUUUGCUGCGGCGGGACAUCUCGCCGCCGCGGCCUGAGACUCCGCCUUCACUGGACGGUGAUGAACAGCAGUACCCGUUCGAGCACGUGGUGGACGUGGCGAGCGCCGCACGCCGGCUGGUCCGCGACUCCGCCGCUGUGGCUGCUGACCACUCCUACACCAUAGCAAGACAACGCAUCGACUACCUCGGAGUGCAGACGCCGUCUGACUCGUGCGAAUCAGAGGAGGAAAUCGACGUGGUGUCUCUCGGUACUACCCAUCAGCCUCUGCCGGGCACCACACAGUCGCGGGACUCGUACUCGCGUUCGUCGUCGUCCCAGGACCUCCUGUACUCGCCUCAGCAGACCCCGCGGCCGGCCGCCAGGAAACGUCUCAUACCACCGACGAGCAUACCCAGCGCCUCCGUGCCGCGGCGGAAAGCACGCGGCCCGGGCCGUCGCGGCCGUCGCUCCAACACCGACACCGAUUCCGAGGCUGAGGCGCCCGACAUCGAGCGCCGCUCCAUACACAACGACAUGGAGCGCCAGCGCCGCAUCGGCCUCAAAAACCUCUUCGACGAACUCAAAAAGCAAAUACCCGCGACAAGAGACAAGGAGCGCGCCCCUAAAGUGGUGAUACUGCGCGAGGCGGCGGCGCUGUGCCGGAAGCUGCGCGAGGACGACUACGAGCGAGAGAACCUACAGAAGCAGCAGAACAAACUGGUCGCCAAAUUAAGAAAGCUACGCAUGAUGGUCUCCCGCUACCGCGUGUAUUGAGCGGCCGGC